AUGGCCACCCAGAACGAACCUGGGGCUGUGUUGCGAUUCUACCCCACAGCGACGGACAUUUUGGCUGACAAAAUAUACUACUGUCCGAUGGAAAAUUGUGAGGUGACGUUCCAGAAUGGAUCGCACAUGCAAAUGCACGUCAAGCGGCACCACAAGACUACUGCCCCGGAGCUAAACGGGAUGAGCAAAGGUAGUGCAAAGAGUGACCACAAACGAUUCUAUUGUCCGUCAGUGGAAUGUGUCUACCAUCAGCUUCCAUCGGACAUCCCCAUCAAGGCACGGUACUUCAGCUCCUUCAAAAGCCUGAAGCAACACUACCUUAAAAUGCAUAGCGAGCGAAAAUUUGGCUGCAGUAGCUGUGAAAAAUCGUUUGCCACCGCUAGCUUCCUGCGACAUCACCGGUUAUCGUGUGGUCAAAAGUUCAAGUGUGAGCAUUGUUCAUAUUCUUACGGAUCUCGAGAAGCAUUGCUGACGCAUGCCAAACGGAAGCAGCAUGGGUAUUCUAAACUGGUUGGGGCCAGAAAGUAUACAAAGAGUAUCAGCAUUGGAACACAAACUCAGAUAAGGAAAGAAAAUCAGCAAACUCAAACGGAACUCUCCUCGAACUGUGAUACACCAUCCACCGAAGUCAAGCAGAGUGAAUGUAUUCCGCUUAUGACGAUUGAUCAAUACAAACCAAAUGAAGGCUAUUCAUUUGCCAAUGGUUCCAGUACCGACGAUUUUAUGUACAGCCAUUCUCAAAGCGGCCCGAUCGAAGGUUCAGAGUCAUUCGUAGUGUGCACCGAAACGCAAACCGACUUCAUGGAUGUCGUGUAUCCAAAUGUGAUAAACAACCACGAUCCAUUACUUUCCUACACGCAUAUGUAUACGCAAACCAACGACGAACCGGGGCUCAUCACCGAUCUUGGACUGUCCACCAUCGAAACUCAAACCAGUUGGAAUGACGGGGGCGAAGGGUUUGGGGAUUAUCUCGUCUCCACCGAAACGCAAACCAACUUCGACAUCGAGGGCUUUAACUGUGGCAGCCAUUGUAACGACAAAAUCAAUCAAGCAGUACAAUGCCAGCCAACCACAGCAUCCACUGGAACGGCCUUUCUUCCGGUAAUGAACGAUAACAUCAAUAAUCCCUCAAACAUUACGCAAGGCUCAUGAUAUAGAGAUGGAAGCGGUAUAGACCGUGACUAUCGAUUUAAGUUUUAAUUCUAGCCAUCGAAUGUAGUAAAUUCCGCGAUUUCCGCUCUUCCUUUUAAAAUCUUAUGAACAAUGUAUUUAUAUGUGAUCGUAUUUAUUUAUCUGCGCUAUGUACAAUUUUAAAUGCUUGAAUGAUCAAGAAGUUCAGGCUAAGGCCAUAGAAUAA